CUUUCACGUUGCUGCGAAGCGAGCAGGCGGAGAGGAACGGCAUCUAAAAAACCCACUUGGAAAAACUACUUAGCGUUUUGGACUCGGCCUGGGAAUCAGCCUCUCCCUCCGUUCCCUCUCGGAGCUCCUGGUCUUGGCCUUGAGGGGGCACCAGCAUGAGUCAGGAGACGCUGGAGUCUGAUGCAGACUCUGCUCAGGAUGUUCCGGACUUUAACUGGGAUGAUUACCUGGAGGAGACCGGCGCCGUGUCUGUGCCCCACCACUGCUUCAAACAUGUGGACCAGGGCCUGCAGACCGGACUCACCCCAGGCAUGAAGCUGGAGGUGUGCGUCCGCUCGGAGCCCGACAACCCGUACUGGGUGGCCAACAUCAUCACCACGUGCGGCCAGCUGCUGCUGCUGCGCUACGAGGGCUACCAGGACGACCGCCGCGCCGAUUUCUGGUGCGACACCAUGACGGCGGACCUCCACCCUCUGGGCUGGAGCAGGCAGCACGGCAAGAGCAUGAGGCCCCCUGAGGGUGUGCGUGAGAAGCAUCAGGACUGGGAAGCUCUGCUGGAGAAGGCUUUGGCUGAGGAGUGCAGCGCGCCUGCCAACCUGCUGGAACUGCCGCAGCGUGGCCGGGACCCGGUGGAGCUGCUGAGCGCCGGCUGCUACGUGGAGCUGCAGGACGGGGGCGACCCGGCGCUGGCCUGGGCCGCCGAGGUGGAGGAGAACGUCGGAGGGAGGCUGAAGCUGCGCCUGGUCGGCACCGAGGGCCUCCCAGACACGCCCGCAACCCUCUGGCUCUUUUAUCUCCACCCACGGAUCCACCCACCCGGCUGGGCCAAGGAGCACGGCUGCACCCUCAGGCCUCCUUCAGACUUGUCGGCGCUGCGCUCUGAGGAGGAGUGGGAGGAGGUGAGACGGCGGAUCAGCGACCUGCCUCAGGAUGAAGCUCUCACUGCAGAGUUCACCAAGGAUCAGCCUGCCGUCGCUGCUCAUUGUUUCAAGGAAGGGAUGAAACUGGAGGCUGUUGACCCUGCUGCUCCCAUCUCCAUCAGGCCUGCCACUGUCGCCAAGGUGUACUCCGAGCAGUUCUUCCUGGUGACGAUGGACGACCUGUGCGGCAUGGAGGAGUCGGAGGGCGCCGGACGCUCCUUCCUGUGUCACAGAGACAGUCCGGGGAUCUUCCCCGCUCAGUGGAGCCUGAAGAACGGCGUCCCUCUCAGCCCGCCGCCAGGAUACCAGGGGCCGGACUUCGACUGGGCUGACUACCUGAAGCAGUGCGAGGCCGAGGCGGCCCCCCAGCACUGCUUUCCCACGGAGGAGAGCGAGCACAGCUUCAAAGAGGCCAUGAAACUGGAGGCCGUCAACCCGCUGUCGCCGGAGCACAUUCAUGUGGCAGCAGUCACCAGGGUCAAAGGGCAGCACAUCUGGCUCAGCCUGGAAGGUCUGAAGCAGCCCAUGCCAGAGGUCAUAGUUCAUGUGGACUCGCUGGACAUCUUCCCCGUCAGCUGGUGCGAGACGAACGGCUACCCACUCGUCCACCCCAUUAAGCCCUCAGUUGAAAAGGAGAGGAAGGUCGCUGUGGUGCAGCCAGAGAAACACAGAAAUCCACCCAAAUCUUUGUCACCAGACACUGUCAAGCAGCAAAUGGCGAACCAGUCUGAGACAGGACAGGGGAACGGGAAAUACUGCUGCCCCAAGAUCUACUUCAACCACCGCUGUUUCUCUGGGCCUUACCUCAACAAGGGGCGCAUUGCUGAGCUGCCCCAGUUCAUCGGCCCGGGAAACUGUGUGCUCGUCCUGAAAGAGGUAUUGAACCUGCUGAUAAACUCGGCGUACAAGCCCAGCCGAGUGCUGCGGGAGCUGCAGCUGGAUCAGGAGAGCCGCUGGCAAGGCCACGGAGAGACACUCAAAGCCAAGUAUAAGGGAAAGAGUUAUCGGGCCACUGUGGAGGUAGUUCGCACAGCGGACCGAGUGGCAGACUUCUGCAGAAAAACCUGCAUCAAGUUAGAAUGCUGCCCCAACCUGUUCGGACCUCGCAUGGUCCUGGAGCGCUGCUCGGAGAACUGCUCCGUCCUCACCAAGACCAAAUACAAGAAUAUAAUAAAAUUUAAAGCGUAUUACUAUGGGAAGAAGAAAAGUAAACGUGUCGGCCGUCCGCCAGGGGGCCACUCCAACCUGGAGGGAGGGGUGAAGAGGAGAGGGCGGCGGAGGAAGAGGAGGAAGCAGCUCUUCGUCCACAAGAAGAGACGCUCGUCGGCCUCUGUGGACAACACGCCGGCCGGAUCUCCACAGGGCAGCGGAGAGGAGGAGGAUUUAGAUGAAGACGACUCUCUGAGCGAAGACUCCGGCUCGGAGAUCCCGGACGACCUGCAGGACGACUCUGAGCAGUCGUUGGAGAAGUCUCAGCCCACCACGCCGUCGCCCUCGCCGCCGGCGACCCCGCGGCCCACGCGCAGGCGCAGGAAACCCCGCUCACCCUCCUUCUCUGAUGACGAGAACCACCCGCCCUCUCCAAAGACGUCAAAGACUGAGCCUCCUCAGAAGCUGUGUUUGGACACCAGCCCUCUGGAAUGGAGCGUCACUGAUGUGGUCCGCUUCAUCAGGACGACAGACUGCGCCCCUCUUGCAAGGAUAUUCAUGGAUCAGGAGAUCGAUGGACAAGCGCUGCUGCUGCUGAACCUCCCGACAGUGCAGGAGUGCAUGGACCUGAAGCUCGGACCGGCCAUCAAGCUGUGCCACCACAUCGAGAGAGUCAAACUGGCAUUUUAUCAGCAGUUUGCUACGUAGCUGAUGGGGAAAGAAAACGGGACGCGACCGAAUCGCGGCCUGUGUACCAAUCCUGUGAAAGACUCUGUAAUUUCCAAUUUUUGACUUUUUUAAACACUGGAUAUCUUUUAGAACUCCACAUUUACCACAUCCUGGUGGAUAAAGCAUGGACAGGAGAGACAACGCAACACAUCCUGCCCAUGAAAAAAUGAAGAAGAGGACUAUAAACAUUUCUCUUUGAGACGAGCUGAAGGGGAGCAGACCAAGGCACUUGUGUUAAUUACAUUAGAAACACUGUUAUAAUCAGUAUAUCUUUGUGGAAAAUCCGAAACUUUUUUUCCCAGGAUGGAACAAGCUGGGUUUUUGUCAAGUUUGAUUAUUAUUUUGGAGUCUCCUGAAUUUGUUUCCCUUCCUUUGGUUCACAGAGCAUCACUGCUACAACUCUGUCCAUUCUGAAUUUUCAGCCCUCCUCCGCAUCUUCUUAAACUGAAUACUACAAAGUCCAUGAGGUCUAUGUGUCAUACUACACUCAGUGGCGUUUGAUCCCUGCUGAAGGCACAAUUCUCAUUUUAGUUUCGACUCAUUGAAAUACAACUGUACCGAAAAUGUGUUCCAACUGUUUUUUAUGGAGAUGAUAGUUCAGCACACAUUAUAUGAUUGCACACUUAAUUGUAAGCACUUGUAAGAAAUAGUGUUUUUCAGAAGUUCUAUCUUGACAUAACACACAGGAGGCCUAUGAUUUGGAGUUAUUAUUAGUUUUAUGAGGCUUGUUGAUAUUUUUGAAGAAAUCUAUUGGUCCCUCAAGUCUGUGAAGACUCUUUUUUUUUCUUUUAAAAGGUCAAACUUUAAGUAGCAAACAAUCAAUACUGAUGCUGGAUGUAAUAUUAAAUAAAACAUUGAUUAUUUAGUGCUUGACAAAAAUUGUCAUCGCAUGUAAAAUAUUACAUUUUGUUGCGACAAUGCAUCAUUUAAGAUAAUUUGCUAAUACUACAUUUAAAUUUUACAUUCAGUUUUUAGUAUGAUUAACGUUAAGGGGCCUGCAUCUCAAUAGACCAAAUUGCUUCGAGGGAAUGAACCUUAAAGGUGGUUCUGCAAAGCAAGCACAAGUUGAAGAAGGAAAAAAAAAAGACAUGUACUGUCUUGUGGUAAACAAUUUUGACAGUCCAUGUUUGUAUAUAAUGUAUAUAAGCAAAUACAUUUUAGUGCAACAGGGUGAUUUGAAAGAAACAAUAUAUUGAGUAAAGAAGUUUCUGCA